GUACCUUCUGCUUUGUACUCAUCCCCAUCUACAUGCAGCAUGCCUCUUUAUGUCUUAAGUCUGAAUCAUGCUCUUCAUCUUCUCUGCGUCUCUGUCUCAAUUAUUUUCGGCGAAUAAGAAAUAUGCACAACUUGUGGCCUUGUUUGGUUUGCAGUGUCUCCAUGUCUAUAUAUAGCAGAGAGCCCAGAAGCCAUACCCACUUACCUCCUUCACUGACAACCCUUUACCUCUCAUCUUCUUCUUCUCUUCGUCUGCAGCCUCAAAGCACCAAACUUUACGCAUUUCAGUAUGGGAAGUACUGGUGAAAAUGGCUAUGGAGCAUACACUUAUGAGGCCCUUGAGAGGGAGCAUUAUUGGCCCUCAGAAAAGCUCCGAAUUUCAAUUACAGGGGCUGGUGGAUUUAUCGCCUCACACAUUGCCCGCCGUUUGAAAAAUGAGGGCCACUACAUUAUUGCUUCUGACUGGAAGAAGAAUGAGCACAUGACUGAAGACAUGUUCUGCCAUGAAUUCCAUCUUGUGGAUCUCAGGGUCAUGGAUAACUGCUUGAAAGUGACCAAGGAUGUUGAUCAUGUGUUCAACCUUGCUGCUGAUAUGGGUGGCAUGGGGUUCAUUCAGUCGAAUCACUCUGUCAUUAUGUACAACAAUACCAUGAUCAGCUUUAACAUGCUGGAAGCAUCUAGGAUCACUGGAGUGAAAAGAUUUUUCUAUGCUUCCAGUGCUUGUAUUUAUCCUGAGUUUAAGCAGCUAGAAACCAAUGUGAGCUUGAAGGAGGCGGAUGCCUGGCCUGCAGAGCCUCAAGAUGCUUAUGGGUUAGAGAAACUUGCAACUGAGGAGUUGUGCAAGCACUACACCAAAGACUUUGGAAUUGAAUGCCGUAUUGGAAGGUUUCACAACAUUUAUGGUCCUUUCGGAACCUGGAAAGGUGGUAGGGAAAAGGCUCCUGCUGCUUUCUGCAGAAAGGCUCUUACUUCCACUGAUAAGUUUGAGAUGUGGGGGGAUGGACUUCAGACACGAUCAUUCACCUUCAUUGAUGAAUGUGUUGAAGGUGUACUCCGGUUGACAAAGUCCGACUUCCGUGAGCCAGUGAAUAUUGGAAGUGACGAGAUGGUCAGCAUGAAUGAAAUGGCUGAGAUUGUUCUUAGCUUUGAUAACAAGAAGCUCCCUAUUCAGCACAUUCCUGGGCCAGAGGGUGUCCGUGGUCGUAACUCUGACAACACACUGAUCAAAGAGAAACUUGGCUGGGCUCCUACCAUGAGGCUGAAGGAUGGACUGAGGUUCACAUACUUCUGGAUCAAGGAACAGAUUGAGAAAGAGAAAGCGCAAGGUACUGACCUCUCGGUUUAUGGGUCAUCUAAGGUGGUGGGAACUCAAGCCCCGGUUCAACUUGGUUCACUUCGUGCCGCUGAUGGUAAAGAGUGAUGUGUUUGAAGCAUUCUAGCUGCAGUUCGGAACUUUUUAUCCAGUUAUGAUAUUAUGGCGCAGAGUCAAGUAUCUUUGUGAUCAAUGUGAUGAUGCAUGAACAAUAAGUGGAUUAAGCUAUUUGUUUUGCUUUCCUUUGUACAAUAUAGGGUGUCUUCCGAAAGCUGUUUGCUGCUUAGAUUGCCUUUAAAUUCUUCUUUCUGCAGCUGAACUAAUAGUUCAGUUAGGAGUUGUAUCAAUUCAAUCCUAUGGGUUGUAUCAGUUAUUUCCUUCAUAUGAUAAUUGCUCUUUUUUGCUCUUUCAA